CGUGGGGAUCCCGGGGCGGCCGAGGGCCCCUGCCUGACUCGGCUCCGUGCGGCGACAUGGACCGGAUGGCCAGCUCCAUAAAGCAGGUGCCCAACCCACUGCCCAAGGUGCUGAGCCGGCGCGCGGUCGGCGCGGGCGUGGAGGCGGCUGAGCGGGAGAGCUUCGAGAGGACUCAGAGCGUCAGCAUCAAUAAGGCCAUUAAUACGCAGGAAGUGGCCGUGAAGGAAAAGCACGCCCGGACGUGCAUCCUGGGCACCCACCACGAGAAGGGGGCGCAGACCUUCUGGUCCGUGGUCAGCCGGCUGCCCCUGUCCAGCAAUGCCGUGCUCUGCUGGAAGUUCUGCCACGUGUUCCACAAGCUGCUUCGCGAUGGACACCCCAAUGUCCUGAAGGACUCGCUGCGCUACAAGAAUGAGCUGAGCGACAUGAGCAGGAUGUGGGGCCACCUGAGUGAGGGCUAUGGCCAGUUGUGCAGCAUCUACCUCAAACUACUGAGAACGAAGAUCGAGUACCACACCAAGAACCCCAGGUUCCCAGGCAACCUUCAGCUGAGUGACCGGCAGCUGGACGAGGCCGGGGAGAGUGAUGUCAACAACUUUUUCCAGCUGACGGUGGAGAUGUUCGACUACCUGGAGUGUGAACUCAACCUCUUCCAGACGGUGUUCAACUCCCUGGACAUGUCCCGCUCCGUGUCGGUGACCACGGCCGGCCAGUGCCGCCUUGCCCCGCUCAUCCAGGUCAUCCUGGACUGCAGCCACCUCUACGACUACACGGUCAAGCUGCUCUUCAAACUACAUUCCUGCCUCCCUGCCGAUACCCUUCAGGGCCACCGUGGCCGCUUCCUGGAGCAGUUUACCAAGCUGAAAGAUCUCUUCUACCGCUCGAGCAACCUCCAGUACUUCAAGCGGCUCCUCCAGAUCCCACAGCUGCCCGAGAACCCCCCCAACUUCCUGCGAGCCUCCGCCCUGUCUGAACACGUCAGCCCCGUGGUGGUCAUCCCGGCCGAGGCCUCGUCCCCGGACAGCGAGCCCGUGCUGGAGAAGGAUGACCUCAUGGACAAGGACGCUUCCCGGCAGAACGUGUUUGACAACAAGUUCGACGACGUCUUCGGCAGCCCCUUCAGCAGCGACCCCUUCAAUUUCAACAGUCAGAACGGGGUGAACAAGGAUGAGAAGGACCACCUGAUCGGGCAGCUGUACCGAGAGAUCAGUAGCCUGAAGGGGCAGCUGGAGAGCUUGAAGGCGGAGGGUCAGCGCACCGUGCUGCAGCUGAAGGGCCGCAUCAGUGAGCUGGAGGCCGAACUGGCCGAGCAGCGGCACCUGCGCCAGCAGGCGGUCGACGACGGCGAGUUCCUCCGGGCUGAGCUGGACGAGCUCAAGAAACAGCGGGAGGACACAGAGAAAGCCCAGCGGAGCCUGACGGAGAUCGAACGAAAAGCCCAGGCCAACGAGCAGCGGUACAGCAAGCUCAAGGAGAAGUACAGCGAGCUGGUGCAGAACCACGCAGACCUGCUGCGCAAGAAUGCCGAGGUGACUAAGCAGGUGUCGGUGGCCAGGCAGUUGCAAGCAGACGUGGAACGAGAGAAGCAAGAGCUGCAGGAGGGCUUACAGCGCCUCACUGAGCAGGCCCAGAGGAAGACCCAAGAGCAGACGGAGGUUCUGGAGAGCUUGAAACAGGAGCUGAGCAGCAGCCGGCAGGAACUCCAGGCUCUGCAGAGCAACCUGCAAGAGUCCGCGCAGGCUGAGUCCAAGUGGACAGCCCAGAUCGCCGACCUCAAGAUGGAGCGGGAUACCUUGCUCGUCACCGCAUCCCAGAAGGAGGAGGAGCUGCACGCCCUGCGGGAGGAGCUGAAGCAGACCCAGCUCCAGCUGGCCAACGCACAGGACUCUCUGAGCCAGGUGGCGAGGGACCAACGUAAGAAACUCCUGGCGGAGUCCAAGAAGGCGGCGGAGCAGGUGAUCCAGGAUGCCCUGCGGCAGCUGGAGGAGCCCGAAGUUGCUGGCAGCUGCGGAACUGCAGAUCACCUUCUGGCCAAGACCAAGUCUGUUUCCAACUGCAUCGAGCAGCUGGAGAAAAGCCGAAGCCAGUUCCUGUCCUGCCCUGACGACAUCAGCGCGUUCCUGCAGUCCGUCACCCUCCUGGCACACUUGACCAGCGACACGGUUAUCCACGGAAGCUGCACGUCCCUGCACGCCCCACAAGAGCCUGCUGACUCUCUGACGGAGGCCUGCAGGCAGUACGCCAUGGAGACGCUCAUCUACCUGGCGUACCUGGACGGAGAAGGGACGCUGGCGAACGCUGACAGCACGGCCAUGCAGACGUGCCUCAGCCGCAUCUCUGCCAUCAGUGAGGAGCUGCUGUCCAAGGGCCAGGACAUCGUGCAGGAGGAGCUGGGGGACCUGGUGGACAAGGAAAUGGCUGCCACGGCCGCCGCCAUCGAAACUGCCACGGCCAGGAUAGAGGAGAUGCUCAGCAAAGCCCGAGAAGGGGACACCGGAGCUAAGCUGGAGGUGAACGAAAGGAUCCUCGGCUCCUGCACCAACCUAAUGCAGGCCAUCCGGGUCCUGAUCGUGGCCUCCAAGGACCUCCAGAGAGAGAUCGUGGAGAGCGGCCGGGGCACCGCGUCCUCCAAGGAGUUUUACGCCAAGAACUCUCGCUGGACAGAGGGUCUCAUCUCGGCCUCCAAAGCUGUGGGCUGGGGAGCCACCGUCAUGGUGGAUGCAGCUGACAUGGUGGUACAAGGCAAAGGGAAGUUCGAGGAACUGAUGGUGUGUUCCCGGGAAAUCGCAGCCAGCACUGCCCAGCUGGUGGCAGCGUCCAAGGUGAAAGCCGACAAGGACAGCCCCAACCUGGCCCAGCUGCAGCUAGCCUCUCGGGGCGUGAACCAGGCCACUGCCCAGGUCGUGGCCUCCACCAUCUCGGGCAAGUCGCAGAUCGAGCAGUCAGCCGAGGACAUGGACUUUUCCAGCAUGACGCUGACCCAGAUCAAACGCCAGGAGAUGGACUCGCAGGUGAGGGUGCUGGAGCUGGAGACGGAGCUGCAGAAGGAGCGGCAGAAGCUGGGGGAGCUCCGGAAGAAGCACUACGAGCUGGCUGGGGUCGCCGAGGGCUGGGAUGAAGAAAACGAAGCCUCUGCUCCUUCACCACAAGCAGCGGUCCCAGAGCACGAGUAGAGCCACACGGACACCCACACGUCAGCCUUCUCUUCCGUUUUCAUCAUUUGCACAAACUUGGGGACAUCGGGGGCUGGCGGAUUUCCAUCCAGGAUGCUGCCUUGAAUCUGCUGAGUGACCAGAACAGCUGGUGUGCCCCUGCCGCCCAGGCCCGGACCCCAGCCCCUCUCCCCGCCCUUGGCCGUUCCAUGCAUUCCCACUGUUUCUGACGGUGGC